AUUUCUCUCCACAAUCCAUUCCCCCACUACCACCUUUAUAUAAUUUAACUAACUCAUUCCUCAUUCAUCAUUCUCAUUCUUCUCUCUCAUGGCUUCAAAAUUUUCAUUCAUUCUCUGCAUCUUUGCCAUCUUGGCAGUUAAUGGUGCUUCACCAUCAUCACAAAAUGCAAUAACCCCAUCACCUUCAGUUGAUUGUUCAACCAUUAUUCUCAACAUGGCUGAUUGUUUGUCAUUUGUUACAAACGACAGCACCUUAGCCAAACCUGAAGGUUCUUGUUGUUCUGGCUUGAAAACUGUCUUGAAAACUGCUCCAUCUUGUCUAUGUGAAGCUUUCAAAAGUAGUUCUCAGUUUGGUGUUGUUUUGAAUGUUACAAAGGCUUUGACUCUUCCUUCACUUUGCAAAGUCUCUGCUCCUUCUGUCUCUAACUGUGGAUUGUCUGAAACCCCUGCCGCUGCUCCUGGUGCAAGCUUAUCCCCAGCAUCUUCUCCUAAAUCUGCCGAAGCACCAGGUUUGGCCACUCCUGUGAAUGAGCCAGCAUUAGCACCAUCCCACAAGAGUGCAGCAUCAGCAUUGUUCCCUAUUUCAGCUGGAUCUUUUCUUGUUUUCCUUUUAUCUUUAUUCUCAGUCCUUUGAGCCAUUUCUAGUUUCAUUUUUAUACACAUGAGAGACUAUUUUUAUGUUUUUUGAGUUUUACGACUACACUUUAGAACUUUUCUCAUUUUAUGUGUCACUUGAAGUUAGAUAAAAUUGAAAAUUCAUUGUGUGACUUAACCCUAUUCAUAUAUACAUUUAUUUAUUAGUAGUAUA